ACAGCCCACUGCAGGUAGCAGGUCAACGCAUUCAUUAGUUACUUGCCGAGCAACAUGGGUUAGUCACUAAAAUGCAGCGUAAUUGCUGAUACCAGUGAACUUUCUCCAUCUAUAACGUGUGUAGUUAUAUCUUGCAUUGUAGAGCUGAUUGUGAUUGUUCUUCAGUUAACAGGCUGCACAUGACUUCUUCAGUGUAGACGCUGAUGCACAAACAUUCAUUUUAGGUUUGAUUUCACGAUACAUAUAUAAUAUAUUUGAGUUAAUUUUAUUGUUCUUGGUCAGUUUUAUCAUGACAGUUACUAAAUUGUGGUAUUUAAUGUGUACUUUUCCAUCUGCCUGAUAACCAAAACAUUCAAAGGGGAUCCCCAGCAAUUUAGUAUAGCAACUCCAUAAAGAUAGGAAACUUACAAGAGACAGACUGGUUGAGAUAUCCAGACUUUUAGUCUAGUAUUGCUCUAAUAUAGUUGGAUUCUUCAAUUUCCAUAAUGGAACUCGAUGGGAUAGGAAAGAAAGAAAAUCUUUUUUAACUUGAAUCAUAGUAGGGAAAGGCAAAAACACACACUGAACUCAGGGAACUCUGCUACACCCUGGAUCCCCAGCUGAUCCAUUGCAGAAAUGGAGGCUGGUGAGGAGAGUAUGGAAGUGGAGGGGGCGACGGCGGCAGCAGAACCAGGCUUUUCUGGAUACCGACAGACUUCCACAAAACCGGUUUGGGCUUCGCUAGAGGAAGCGGCACAAAUGAAAACAGAAGGCAAUGCUUUCUACAGGGAGAAGAACAUUCGCUCAGCCAUCGGGCGUUAUCAUCGCGCCCUGCUGGUCCUCAGAGGCCUCGACUCUGAUGUGAUGACUUCAGUGAAAGGUUUUGGACCUGAGACGCCUCCCCUCACACCUGAACAGGAGGCUGCACUGAGAAACACACAAGUGGACUGCUACAACAACUUAGCUGCCUGUUUGCUGCAGAAACAGAGUGUUGACUAUGCUCGUGUGCGGGAGUACAGCCUGCGGGUCCUGCGGUGGCGACCAGGUGACGUCAAAGCACUGUACAGGGCAGGAGUAGCCACUCUGGAGAUGGGAGAUGCACAGACUGCCAAACAGUAUCUCACACAGGCCUGCAAAGAGCAGCCUAAUGAUGCCAAUGUGAGGAAGCAACUGCAGAGGGCCGAGGAGAAACUGAGUCGGGAGUUGCAAAAAGAGAGGGCCAUGUACCGAGGCAUGUUUUCCUCCAACCUGAAGAGCAGCUCCGGAGAAGAGAUUAACCAAACCAACGGAGCUGGCGAGGGAGUUUAAAACCUGUCAGCUCAGCCAGCCAAGUAAAGCCUCAACCUGAGAGAGACUGUGUUAAAUCUCAUCUGAUCACAAAACCAACUGCAGAAUGUUCACACACCUUCAAUCUCUCGUCAUGUUACUGUGUCUCCUUUUAGGUGUUAAUGAAGGGAGCAUAGUACAGUAAGAACUGUACAUCAUACUGAAUACUGGAAUGUGGUCAGUCGGAAAAGAUGUCGCUGCUGAAAAUAGAAAGGAGAGGACAGAAAAAUGUGUUUCCUAGCAACAUGGAAACAAAGCUCAAAAAGAGCAAGAGUUUGGAUCUGCUGAAAACUAAAGUGAGAUUCUUAAUGCACUACUCCAAGUUCUCGUUAUGCCUUUAUGGUUGCAGUUGUCUGGUCAGUGCUGUGAAUGUUGAUUUUGAGAGUUUUCGAAUAAAAUAUUUUUUAUAAAUAA